CGUGUGUGUCGGCGGCUCGCGGUGACUUCUGCCUGCUCUCCGGCUCGGAGAGCUCAGUUAGGAGGAGACGCCGACGAUGAAGACACCAUGGAAGGUUCUCCUGGGACUGCUGGGUGCUGCUGUGCUUGUCGUCGUCGUCACCGUGCCUGUGGUUCUGCUGAACAAAGGAACAGAUGAUGCUGCAGCUGACAGUCGCAGAACUUAUACUCUAAAUGAUUACUUAAAAAAUACUCUUAGAACGAAGGUCUACUCCUUGCGGUGGGUUUCAGAUUAUGAAUAUCUCUACAAACAAGAAAAUAAUCUCUUGCUAUUCAAUGCUGAAUAUGGAAACAGCUCCAUUUUCUUGGAGAACAGUACAUUUGAGGAGUUUGGACAUACUAUAAAUGAUUAUUCAUUAUCUCCCGAUGGACAGUUUCUUCUCCUAGAAUACAACUAUGUAAAGCAAUGGAGGUAUUCCUACACAGCUUCAUAUGACAUUUAUGACUUAAAUAAAAGGCAACUGAUUACAGAAGAGAAAAUUCCAAACAAUACACAGUGGAUCACAUGGUCACCAGAGGGUCAUAAGUUGGCAUAUGUUUGGAAAAAUGAUAUUUAUGUUAAAAAUGAACCAAAUUUACCAAGUCAAAGGAUCACGUGGACUGGGGAAGAAGAUAUAAUAUACAAUGGAAUAACUGACUGGGUGUAUGAAGAGGAAGUCUUCAGUGCCUACUCUGCUCUGUGGUGGUCUCCGAACGGUACUUUUUUAGCAUAUGCCCAAUUUAACGACACAGAAGUUCCACUUAUUGAAUACUCCUUCUAUUCUGAUGAGUCACUGCAGUACCCAAAGACUGUACGGGUCCCAUAUCCAAAGGCAGGAGCUGUGAAUCCAACUGUAAAGUUCUUUGUUGUAAAUACAGACACUCUCAGCCCAAACACCAAUGCAACUUCCAUACAAAUCACUGCUCCUGCUUCUAUGUUGAUAGGGGAUCACUAUUUGUGUGACGUCACAUGGGCAACACAAGAAAGGAUUUCUUUGCAGUGGCUCAGGAGGAUUCAAAACUAUUCAGUCAUGGAUAUCUGUGACUAUGAUGAGUCCACUGGAAAAUGGAAUUGCUUAGUGGCACGGCAGCACAUCGAAAUGAGUGCUACUGGCUGGGUUGGCAGAUUUAGUCCUUCAGAACCUCAUUUUACCUCUGACGGUAACAGCUUCUACAAGAUCAUCAGCAAUGAAGAGGGUUACAAACACAUUUGCCAUUUCCAGAUAGAUAGUGAAAACUGCACAUUUAUUACAAAAGGAGCUUGGGAAGUCAUUGGGAUAGAAGAACUUACCAGCGAUUAUCUAUACUACAUUAGUAAUGAAUAUAAUGGAAUGCCAGGAGGAAGAAAUCUUUAUAAAAUCCAACUGAAUGACACAAAAGUGACGUGCCUUAGUUGUGAGCUGAAUCCAGAAAGGUGUCAGUACUAUUCUGUGUCGUUUAGUAAAGAGGCAAAGUAUUAUCAACUGAGAUGUUCGGGCCCUGGUCUGCCCCUUUAUACUCUGCAUAGCAGCUUGAAUGAUAAAGAACUAAGAGUCCUGGAAGACAAUUCAGCUUUGUAUAAGAUGCUGCAGGAUGUCCAGAUGCCCUCAAAGAAAGUGGACUUCAUUAUUUUGAAUGGAACGAAAUUUUGGUAUCAGAUGAUCUUGCCUCCCCAUUUUGAUAAAUCCAAGAAAUAUCCUCUACUAUUAGAUGUAUAUGCAGGCCCUUGUAGUCAAAAAGCCAACGCUGCCUUCACACUCAGCUGGGCCACUUACCUUGCAAGCACAGAACACAUUAUUGUAGCUAGCUUUGAUGGCAGAGGAAGUGGUUACCAAGGAGACAAGAUCAUGCAUACAAUAUACAGAAGACUGGGAACGUUUGAAGUUGAAGAUCAAAUUGAAGCAGCCAGACAAUUUUCCAAAAUGGGAUUUGUGGACAGUGAACGAAUAGCCAUUUGGGGCUGGUCAUAUGGAGGGUACGUCACCUCAAUGGUCCUGGGAUCGGGAAGUGGUGUGUUCAAGUGUGGAAUAGCCGUGGCGCCUGUGGCACGGUGGGAGUACUAUGACUCAGUGUACACAGAACGUUACAUGGGUCUCCCAACUUCAGAUGACAACCUUGACCGUUACAAGAAUUCAACAGUCAUGAGCAGAGCUGAAAAUUUUAAACAAGUUGAGUACCUCCUUAUUCAUGGAACAGCAGAUGAUAACGUUCACUUUCAGCAGUCAGCUCAGAUCUCCAAAGCCUUGGUGGAUGCUGGAGUGGAUUUCCAGGCAAUGUGGUAUACAGAUGAAGACCAUGGGAUCGCAAGCAGCACAGCACACCAACACUUAUAUACGCACAUGACCCACUUCAUAAAACAAUGCUUAUCUUUACCAUAGCACCUCAAAAUAGAAUGCCAUCUAAAACUUAUUAAAAGUAAUUUUUGUUCUCAUUAUCUCAAAACUGCACUGUCAAGAUGAUGAUCUUUUAAAAAUGCCCUCAAAUCAAGAAAUUUAAGGUUAACUUUGUCCCCCAAUUUUAUAUCUAUAAUCAUAAGUAGAGACUUCUGUCUUCAUAAUAGAUUAUUACCUUACAGAAGUUUGGAUUAUUCACUCUGGUUUUGUCUUUCAUUUAAAAUAUUUUCCACAUCAGCUGCUGAAAUAACAAAUAUGAACUGUUUUUAUGGGACUUUUGCAUAGGUUCCCUGGGCAGCAUUUUAAUUUUUCCUAAUUGGACCAGUCCAAAUCUUGUUCUCUGCUUUCAAGGGAUGGCAAGAUGUAGGCAGUGAUGUCAGUAGGGCAGAGACAAGAAGAGAGAACAGGGAGAGAAGAUAGUAGGGCAAGGCUGGGAACCCAAGUCCAAGCAAACCAACCCGACCAGUCUACUAUCAGCUCCCCUUGGAGAAGAGUUGUUCACAGCCAGACUGGCACAGUAUUCUGAGAAAGACUAUUCAAACCGUCUCAGGAAAUCAUAUAUGCAAAGCACUGACUUCUAAGUAAAACCACAGCAGUUGAAUAGACUCCAAAAAAAUGCAAGGGAAACUGCCAGCAAUGCAAGGCCCCAGGUGCCAGUUAUGGCUAUAGGUGCUACAAAAACACAGCCAGGGUGAUGGGAAAGCAUUGUCAAUAUGCUUUUUAAAAAGUACUGAUGGUUCCUAAUGAAAGAGGCAGCGUGGAACUGAGAUGUGAACACAUCAGCUCACCCUGUUAAAAGAUGAAAACAUUGGUAUCGCAAACCCUAACUUGAAGGAGUCCUUGCAUCAAUUUUUCUUAUUUAAUUUCUUUGAGCAUCUUAAUUAAAAGAAUAUUUUAACUUCCUUGGACUCGUUUUUAAAAGUGGAAAAUAAACUAGAAUGUUAUGUAUUAUUAUUCCUAUUCUACAUGCUAUGGAAUUUCUCCUGGUCAUUUAAUGAAUGUGUCUUCAUUUUUUCAGA